GGUCUUCGGUGGGCACACGCCGCGUGUGCCGACGGGUCCUUCGGGACGUAUGUGACGCGUCCGCGGAUGUUCGUUCUCGGUCCAUUCCGUGCGUUACACCUGUUGGUAGAGUGUUCGCGCAAUUAUCGACAGAGCCAGCUCCGUGUGACUCUCCCAGCCGAGGACGCCGGAUUUUUAUCAGUAUGCUGCCUUCUGAGGCACCACCGUUGGCUGACAUGUGUAAAUAAAAGACGCGAGUUUUGCUUGUCAGUGCUUUUUCCGAGUACGAUCCCCAUAUAUGUGUACAUAUCGUGGUGUAUCACUGGCCCGAUCUGCACCAGGUGUACAGUUUGUGUGCUGCAUUUAAAGCCAGCAGAGCUUUAGAGUGGUUUUUAUCGCCAUGAAAGUGAAACUGCACAUCGCUGCUGUAGACGUGGAAACUUUCUUCUCGAGUGUGCUCUGGCUCAACCUGCUGCGCCACAAGUGACUGGCAGUGACUUUCGCGAUUAUUUGAUUGAAACUGUGAGGAGUCUACACUGCGAUACGUGUCGAUUGGAGAAAUAAUGCUGGCACUGCGAAUAGUUCGCAAUUGUCUCCCGCAGUUGCUCAAGGGAUAGAGAAGAGAUUACUGCGUAUGUUGAUAAUAGGUUUUUUUCUGAAAUUGUUUCUGGUUCACAUCCAAGGGAUGAUGAACACUGUUUGGUGACAAAACAUUGGCACUCUCAGGUCAGGGACUGUGGUAGGGUAACAAAAUCUGCAGGUAUUUUAUGGACACAUUGGAGAAGUCUAGAGAAGGUGUGAUACCAUUUGGUCUAAAGUGAGGCGGUAACUACUGAAAGGCCGUCAUACCUCUGUUUUCGUCGAUACCUGUUGGAUGCUGGUGAAUCAGUGAUCGCGGCAGAGUGCCACCGCAGCGCCUGGUGAAAGUGAAGUGCACAGUGAAGCGAGGCCAGCUCCAGCGUCGCAAUGACGGACGCCACGGAGCGGUCGCCGCGGCGCUCGGCGUCGCGGCUGGGGCGUCGCCUGUCGCGCCGCCUGUCGCUGGUGACCAGGGUGCCCGGCCUCAUCUCGGCCAGGCUCAAGGACCGAGGCCCGCCGCCGCCGCGCUCCUUCGAGAUCACCGCCAUCGCCCCCGACAAGACGCAGCGCAUCCUUCCGGCGACGAGUCCCUACCUGGUGCUGCAGCUGGCGGCGCCCGUGCUGACGGAGUUCGGCCUGUGCGAGUACCGCCUGCGGCUGGCCGGCUCCAAAGCAUCGGUCGACCCUAACGCCGACGUCUCGUUGCUCGAGGGCGACAUCUUGCUCAUCGAUCCACCAUGGACCUGCAGCGAACGAGCUGAGGGCGACUCGCGGCUGCGGCUGACGGAGCAGCUGUGGCAGGGCGAGCGGCAGUUCUCGUGCGAGCUGUCGGCGGCCGGCGAGCUGUGGGCGGGACCGCUGCGCAGGCUGCCCUCCACGCUCAGCCCGCACCAGCACGACACCGUCUUCCAGGGGCUGGCCGCGCUCGCCAAGGCCGCCGCCGCCUUCGCCGCACAGACCCUCCAGGGCAACCGAGAGCGCUAA